UUCUUUGCAUUGGGAGGCAGCGGCUCUUCAAAUCCGAGCUCCCUGCACAGCCCAGGGGAAUUGGCGGACUGCCACAAAGCCCAGCGAUCACUAACACUACUAUCUUCCUUCCGCAGGGUACUAAUACCUCGCUAGAAAGCUGCUGUAGACUCGCAGAAACCCUCCAGUUGUUUGGGCAGCUAUGUCUGGUGGCAAGACCGGGGACUUUGAGGGACUUUUAUACCCAUCGCCGAUCAGAGACUACGGGAAUAUUUACAAACCCAAUAAUAAAAUGGAAGAUGAGAAGUUGAACGAGAAAUACGUGACUGAUGUUCACACCAAAGAGAUCGAUUUGAUCAACAGAGAUCCAAAACAUCUGAACGACGACGUGGUUAAGGUAGAUUUUGAAGAAGUGAUUGCUGAACCGGAGGGAACUCACAGCUUUGAUGGUGUUUGGAAGGCCAGCUUUACUGUCUUCACAGUGUCUAAAUACUGGUGUUACCGCCUGCUGUCGGGGCUCUUUGGCAUACCCUUAGCGAUCAUCUGGGGAAUUUACUUUGCGAUUUUAACAUUCAUCCAUAUUUGGGCAGUGAUGCCCUGCAUUAAGAGCUAUAUGAUUGAAAUACAGUGCAUCAGCAGAGUCUACUCUAUUUGCAUCCACACCUUCUGUGACCCCUUUUAUGAAGCUGUGGGGAAAAUGUUCAGCGGUAUCCGAGUAUCAAUGCAGAAAGAAGUGUAAAUAGGAAAAUCUUGAUAGAAGUGGUUGGUCAGUUUAUCAUAUAAAGCUUCCUACCAAAUGGAAGUUCAGUUUCUUUUCCGAGAAACAUGUUGGUGCCUUUACUAAUCGCACUGUUAUAAGAAAAUGGUGGUGCAUAAUCUUUCAUUUUAUUGCUUAUCCCUCAAGCAUUCUGUUAUCCUUUUAUGGUACUUUGCAUUUUAAUACCGAUCUAAGCUUAACACCAACAUUCCUUCACUGUUAAAUACCAUAUGACUGCUUUUGUAAACAAAAUGAGUCAUUGCUUUUCUUCAGCAAUUUAGCACGAUUGCUACUUCACUCUCUUAUUUUUCAUAAAAGCCAGAAACAAAUUCUUUAAUUCACAGUACUGUACUUACCAAGGUGGUAAGGAUAAGUGAUUAAACACUGAGCAUAGGAUGUUUAAUACUGUUUAAGUAGUAGAGAAUGGCAAAAUAAAUAUUUUGUAGUGAAAUGAUAAUUGUGUAAUCUCCAAAACCACAACACAACAAAGAAUUGUCUUUGUUUCAUUUUACUUGAGAUUGUUGAAUUUUCUAAAAGCCUGAGUAUUUUAUAAAUUACACAUGCAGGGUGUCAAUCCAGAAUAUUCUACAACUAAUGCCGGCUAUGUAUUUGUAGAAUGGUCAUUUAAUGUGAUUAUAAAACUAAAUAGCUCAUGAGUUUACUUGCAUUUUGAUGCCAACAGGAUUGAACCUUCCCAGAACACCAGCCAAAAUGUGUAAUGUUCUCUAUUAGAGUUCUCUUUUAGUAAGCAUUUCAAUAUUUUUGUCUCUUUGCUUGUAUCUUUUAAGGCUCUCUAACCUGGUGAAGUAUUUGAAAGAGAGCAAUGGCAAAAAAAACUGACAGUGCAGCAUACCUGAUGCCUCCAUCUUUUGAAAAAUUGUGACAAAUGAGAAAUAUACCAUAUGAUUAUCAAAGCAAAUAUUGAUUGUAUCUCAGAUUCUCCACAUUGUACUUUGCAACAUCUUAACUAGCAUUAUGAAAAUAAUUAUACAACCCAAAAGGGUUAAUAACCAGAAUUUUCCAGCUUUAUAACUGCAGUAAUAGCAAAAGCCAAAAUCACAGUACAUAUUACUGAAGCAGAAUAUGUUUUGAUGAGUAGAAUAACCAAUGGAACACUGUGUGCACCACACCUUCCCCUUUUAAACAUGCUCCUAGGUUCAAUCUUUUUUUCAUGCCAAAUGCAUCAACUGCCAUGGUGAAGAUAUACAGCAAAAAAUUUAAAAAGUUUGCUACAACUGCCAUGAUACAAAGACAUAGUUGGAAAAUUCUUGUGGGGGUUGUAUAUAGUCAAAAUAUAGUUUAAGGUCUUCCACAAAUUAUAAAAAACUAAUUUUAAAACCAUAGUUUUUUUUUGCAAAAGCUAUUUUAUACAAAUGCAAUUAUAUCACUUAUUAAUCAUACAGUAUAUAAAAUUUAGCUUUUAUUUUUCAAUGUCACUUUUUAAUUGUUUUUUAAUUACUUGAUGUCUUGGUAGAUUUUUCUAAGUCAUACUGGAGCUUAUUGAUGCAGUAGAAGCAUUUAAAGUAUGUUAGCAUGUAAGAGCUGAAAUCAUUUGGGAAAAAAAAAUAAAGAACCAAAAGUUUACACCAACAAAUUUGAGUUAUAUUUUUUGACAUUUUGUUUUUGUACUAAAACUGAAAAGUGAAAUGUUCUUUCCUCAAGUUCAAGAAGUUGAAAUUUGGUCUUUAGUGCAACUUAAUCAUAACCAUAAAGAAAUAAUUUUAACAUAAGAUUUCAUCUAGGGUGUACAGAGCAAUAGAAGUAAUUGUAAUUUGUGUUGCAUGGAGUUUACAUUAACUCUAUGCCUAAGGCUGUUAUAUAUAUAAUCUGUUAAUAUAUUUAGUGUUUCUCCAGUGUUGUAAGGAGAACCUUCUACAGUUGAUGACAUAUUAUGUCAUAUUACAGAACUGAGCUGUCAUUUGUACAUGAAAUUGACUGAUGCCUGGCAAGAGCCAUCCUCUAUCAUACCAAUAAAGUACCAACCCCUUGAACUUUC